AUGGCCUCCUCUCUGGCGGCUGACUACGACGACACCGACUUCAUCUUUGACGAUGCUGAUGGCGAGGAGAGCCAUGCUGAUCAUCCAGCGGUGGCAUGCGCUGUCGACGAGGCUGCCGGCGUCUGCUCGAUCCCGUCCGUGCACGCGCGCGGCCUCGUCACGACAGCUCCAAGCGUCGCCUCGAUUCUGACGCAUGCCCAAGCCUACGCGGGCGACGUCGACACCAAGCGCUUUGCCGGCGAAACCCUUGGCUACGUCACGCCGUGGAACAGCCAUGGCUACGACACGGCCAAAACCUUUCGCCGCAAGUUUACCUACAUUGCGCCCGUGUGGUAUCAGAUCCGCCACGACGCCUCGAGAGCGCCCGUGCUCACCGGUGGCCACGACGUCGAUGCAGACUGGAUCGUCGCUGUCCGUGGUCGCGACGGUCUCGGCCCCAAGAUUGUGCCGCGCUUCAUGUUUGAGAUGCCAUCGCUCAGCGAAGCCGAGGCGUCGCAGGUCCUCUCGCUGCUCUUGCGCGAGGUGCAGACGCAAAGCUUUGACGGCCUCACGCUCGAGAUCCCCAUCGUGGACGUCACGGUGCCCUUCAUCAAGGCGCUCGGCAAAGCGCUUGCAAAAGCCAAGCGCCUGCUAUUGCUGGUCUUGCCCACGAGCCAGCGCAACGGCCAGCUGUCGGUGGACACGCACCUCUUGCAAGCCGUCCUUCCGCACGUGCAUCGUUUCUCAGUCAACGCGUACGACUACUCGCCCAUGGGUCCGAACGCGCCGCUGCCAUGGCUGCAAGCGACGCUCCAGCAGCUCGAAACGUCGCCUAAAUUUCUCAUGGGCCUAGCCUUUUACGGCUACGACACCAACGAGGCCGUGAUUGGGUCGACGUUCUUGACGCUGUUGAAAACACAUACCCCCGACGUGCAGUGGGAUGUCGUUGCGCAUGAAUGCAAGUUUAUCUACGCUGACGGCCGACGCCACGUGUACUACCCGUGCUUGCAGUCCAUCCAAGACCGGCUCGCGCUCUACGCAGAGACACGGGUUGGCGCCGCGAUCUGGGAGAUUGGCCAAGGCCUCGACUAUUUUUUUGAUCUGCUAUGA